GCGCUGAUCGUCGCACGUAACCGCGCGCGCGGGCCAUGGUCGCGAGAACCGAUGAGAUGUUCGGGUGCUAUGGUGACAGCUACUCGUACCGCCUGUGGAGCCUGGCCAACGUGUGGGGCGCCUGCCGACGUGAGUAGCGCGCCGGAGUGAGUGGCGCGGGAGGCGCAGUGACGUGACGUGCUGAUGAAAGUGCACAGCUCGCUUAUGGGAGUGGGCGGCUGGUGCGAGCGCCUGGCGGCCGGCUGGCUGGCCGACAUGCGGAGUAAGCAGGUCCCCACCUCGACCACCUCGGCCAGGCUCGCCGCAUUCAUCCGGCCGCUGGGAGGCGGUGAUGUGGGCGCGGGCGUGGGCUCGGGCGUGGGAGCGCGCGGUGGCGCGGAGGGCGAAGAGGAAGAGGAGGAACGCGGGAGCUCGCCACUAGGCCCCGGCGGGCCGCACCGCUGCACGCAGUGCCGUGGCGCCUACCCGUCACGCGCGCAGCUCGAGCGCCACGAGACGCUGCACGCGCCCAGCACUCAGGUGGAUACCCUGCAAUAUACCUGCAAGAUCUGCCACAAAAGCUUCCAGAACGUGUACCGGCUGCAGCGGCACAUGCUGAGCCACGACGAGAGCGCCCUACUGCGCAAGUACAAGUGCAACGACUGUGACAAGGCGUUCAAGUUCAAGCACCACCUGAAGGAGCACCUCCGCAUACAUAGCGGAGAGAAACCCUUCGAAUGCGCCAACUGCGGCAAGAAGUUCUCCCACUCCGGUUCCUACUCCAGCCACACCACCUCCAAGAAGUGCCUCGUUAUGAACCUGAAGAUGGGUAGAAUCAAACCCAACAACCCGGCGCUCAACCCCAACCGGAGCCCCGCGCGGAAGCGCGCCUCGGCGAGUGCGUUAGUCGCCUCUCACCUCAACAACAACCUGCUGCCCAACGGCGGCUCGUUCCUGCAUAUGCUGCCAAAGUACAACGACGCGACCGCCUUCUUCGCUUCGAUGUCAGCGCAAGAAAACUUUCCGCGCGCGCCCCUCCCCCAGCCGGCGCUCAAUCCCUUCUACCUGCCAGGCGGCGUGCCCCUCAGCCCUGCGGCCGGCAUUGCGCCCUACAGCUUUCCUUCAACCCUCAGCCAACUGUUCGAGCGAAUAGCCUCGACGCAGUACCAUCAGAGAAAAAUAGAGAAUGUUAUUGAUCCAAAAUUAAGCAGUCCUCUCGCGGCGAACCCCGAGGACAUGAUAGAAGAAAUCACAGAGGAAGAUGAUAAACGAUCCGAGGGCAGCGCGGAGCUCGUCAUGGAUAUAGAGGACGAGGAAUCGGUAGCUAUUAAGAGAGAAAAUGAAAGUGCGGAAAAUGAAUAUAGGCCGCGAUCCCGCGAUUCGAUUUGUGACUCCAAAAAUAUUUUAGAUAAUAGUGAACACGAUCUCACAACGUCGCCAAGAAUACGAAAAACUGAAAAUAUUUUUACGGAGAGAAUGAAGAGCGGAUCUCCUGCGGAUGGAACGUUCCUCGAGCCACCGUUUUCACCCGGGCCUACGGUAAAACAUGAGAUCGUCGACGACUUCGUAUGCUAUAAAUGUAGUCUGUCUUUUAAAGACAAAAAUGACUUAGUAGAGCACGAGAGGUUAGUGUGCGGAAAUCUCUUCAGAAAACACGAAGGUCUCGCCGCUCAAGUGGCCGAGACGGUGGCGCUCAACAGACUGGAGGCCGAGCUGCAGGCGAGCACGCGCGGCGCCGGCGCCAGCGACGACGACGACACGACAACGACGCGGGAGGAUCGCGACGACAAAAUGUCCAUACACGAUACGGAUAGAAAGAUCAGAGUGCGAACCGCGUUGAGCGAGGAGCAGCAACAAGUUUUAAAAGAAUACUAUGCGGUGAACUCUCGACCCAAUCGGGAGGAAUUUAAGAAAAUCGCUCAGCAAAUAGGUCUGGAUAACCGAGUGGUUCAGGUGUGGUUCCAGAACAACAGAGCCAGGGUGCGAAGAAUGACUCAACCGGUCGCCCACUCCGAUCAACCGCUCGACUUGUCGACCAAGAAGUCGAGUCCGUCCCUGGCGUCGAGCCCGAGCCCGUCGUCGCCGGGCAGCGCGCCCGCCACGCCCGGCACGCCCGGCACGCCCGGCACGUGCGCGCUCUCCGACUGCGAGGAGGCGGUCAACCUGAGCCAGAAGUCUUCCCGCAGCACGACGCCCCUGCGCGUGCAGCCAGGCCUCGUCGCGCCCGCCCCCGCCCCCGGCUACCCGCAUUCCAACUGCUCUUCCUCCUCCUUCUCAGAUUUUAUGGUGUCGCCCUCGCCGACAGAAAUAGUGCUCGGACACAAACGAAUCUACCCCAAGAAGAUGUCCGUAAAUCCUAUUAUACCGAUGGGCACUCUCCUGCAAUACAACGACAUGGUGCGAGUCCCCGCGCCGAGCCCGGGCUACGAGCGGCCCGAGCGCGCCGACCGCCCCGCCUGGGACGAGGCGCCGCUGUCGGCCGACUUCGACGACGACGCCGCGUUACUCAAGAAAAAAAUGAAAACCGAACUGAAAGAAGGGGAGGGACAAUUCGUGUGCAACCAGUGCGAUAAGACCUUCGUCAAGCAAAGUUCUCUGGCGCGGCACAAGUACGAGCACUCAGGUCAGCGGCCGUACAAGUGCGAGGAGUGCCCGAAGGCGUUCAAGCACAAGCACCACCUGACGGAGCACAAGCGGCUGCACACGGGCGAGAAGCCCUUUCAGUGCUGCAAGUGCCUCAAAAAGUUCUCGCACUCCGGCUCCUACAGCCAGCACAUGAACCACCGCUUCGCCAUCUGCAAGCCCUACAGGGAUUAGCUCCGCGCCCCCCGCACCCCCCGCGCCCGUCGCGCCCGUCGCGCCCCCUGCGCACGCAGCCAACGGGUGACCAA